UAUCUCAAACCCCAUUCUGCUAGUCUUUUUUUCACAGGUCGAUAGUCGUUGGGUUAGAUGGUUUCUCUAGCUUUACUUUAAUAAAAUGAACAUGAUUUCUGAAAAUUUUUGGGGUGAGGAAGGGUACCAAGCUGUCAGCAACUAUGUCAAAGAAAAUUUUAGGCAUCUACUUCAAUUUCAAGGCUUUCUAAUGGAGCGUUCCAACAUCGAAGCCGAACUCUCGAAGAACCUGAAGCGGAUUGCCAAGAAGGUCGAAAUGAACAUUGAUAGUCGCCUUUCUGUUGCCAUGCUUAGGCUUAGAGAUGAACUUGAAAAGGACUCCACCUUGCACAAAGAGUUCAGCGCAGAACUCAAAAUUAGCGCCAAUGCACUGCUUACCUUUCAUCGCAAACUCAAAAAGCAGGCAAAGAUGCAUCUCGGCGAAGUAGAGAAGAGUAACAAAGAAUAUCAGUUGCUGUUGGAAAACAUUGACAGGCAUAAAAGUAAAUAUCAUAAAUUGUGCGCGGAAUGCUACGAACUUGACACGAAACUGCGCUUGGAAACAAAUCCAAAAAUCAUCAGCAAAAUACAAGCCGCAAGGCAGAAAGUUGUAAAGUCUCAAAGUGUUGCAGAGCAAGAAUACAGAGCCUCUAUCGACAAACUAGCUGCAUACUGUCCUCAACACAAGCCUCGAGUUCAAAACUCGUACAACACUCUCCAAGAAACGUUAGUGCAGCUGUUACAGUUGUUCAAGCAGACUGCCGUUCACCAGAACGAUGUCUACAAGCCCAUGGAAAACAGAGUCAAGGAUGUGAUAUACACAAUGAGUCAACUUCUCAAAAUUGACGUCGUAGAAGAUGUCAACAAUUGGGUAAGCAAGAACAAAGUGAGUGACGUCGAACCACAAUGGCCGAAUUUCCAACCAUUCGACGAAACCGCAUCCGGCGAAAUCAACGACAACAACAACCCGACGAUUUCGGCUCCCCAGAGCGUCACCUACAACGAAAACCAGGUCAAAAACGACAACACUCCGUCUGUCAGCAUUGCCAAUUCAGAAUCUCAAGAAGCACCAUCGGGCGACAACCUGCUCGAUACCGAAGAAUGUGUUAUGGCUAUGUGGGACUACCAAGCCGCGGAGAACAAUGAAAUUUCAUUUUCUGUCGGUGAGAGAAUAAGGGUCGUCAAGAAGGAUUCUACCGGGUGGUGGGUAGGUAUCAACACCUCCGGAGAAUGCGGAUUAUUUCCAUCUAACUACGUUGAACCCAUUUAAAUAAUAUUGAAGGUAGUCAAAAUGCUGACGCGCUUUUUUGACUCCCUCCACGUAAAACCUAUUUAAAUGAUAUCAAAGGGGCUAAAA